CCAGGGGCAGAUAUAACAGAUAAAGUGAGAUAAUAGAAAGAGUAUGAAAACCAAAACAGUGGCUUUGUUCCCUUCUAUUCUCAAAAUAAAAUUUGACAUAAUUCAUGGUCAUGGCCCUAUCCAUUUCCUCCACUGCAUUAUCAAGUCUUCCAACUAGAGAGAUACGGCAAAAGGUUCUUCAUCAUGAAAGAACAACGACGUUGUUUCCAAGAACAAUUCUAACAAAUGCAACAAAAGGAGUGUCAAGCGUGUGUGAACCACUUCCUCCAGAUAGACCAUUGUGGUUCCCUGGUAGUUCCCCUCCUCAGUGGCUUGAUGGCAGUCUUCCUGGUGAUUUUGGUUUUGACCCACUUGGAUUAGGGUCGGAUCCAGAGUUGUUGAAAUGGUUUGCACAGGCAGAGCUAAUGCACGCAAGAUGGGCAAUGCUUGGUGUAUCAGGAAUCCUGAUCCCAGACCUUCUUCAAAAAAUGGGCCUUCUUCAGAACUUCUCUUGGUACGACGCCGCAACAAGGGAAUAUUUUGCGGACCCAACAACUCUCUUCAUUGUCCAGAUGGCCUUGAUGGGCUGGGUUGAGGGUAGGAGAUGGGCCGACAUGCUCAACCCAGGCUCCGUUGACAUUGACCUCAAGCUGCCACACAUAACAAAGCCCAAGCCCGAUGUUGGGUACCCCGGUGGGUUUUGGUUUGACCCAAUGAUGUGGGGGAGAGGCUCCCCUGAGCCCGUUAUGGUGCUCAGGACUAAGGAGAUCAAGAAUGGUAGGCUUGCCAUGCUUGCAUUUGUUGGGUUUUGGUUCCAGGCUAUUUAUACCGGGGAAGGCCCUAUUGAUAACUUGAUGGCUCAUAUCGCUGACCCCGGUCACUGCAACAUUUUCUCGGCUUUCACGUCGCAUUAGUGCUAUGGGUUGAAAGAGAAGAAUGUUAUAUGUAUCCAGAAUGAAGAUGCAUGGUGCUGCAUCAACAAUUCCAUAUCUCAGCUUUACACUUAAUACUAUAGAUUUGUUAUUUGUUAUUUUUCUUUUCUCAGCUUUUCACAUGGAGCUUUUUCCCCCUGUAAUGUUUAAACUAGGAAUUUUCAUGUAUGAUAUUGGAUUAUCAAUUUCUUUCGAUAACAUGAAACAACACAUAACAUUUCGUUGUCUUA